AUCCCCGAAGACAACUCAUCAGAAAUGAAAGGGACUGGUCAGCGGGUGGGAGAGAGACGCUGAUGAAGAGUGAGCUAAUUAUAUCAGGUGGACACUUGAGAUUGUGUUGGCAACUCUUGUCUGGAGGGGGGAUGGGAGGAUAGAGAGAGAGGGAAGCUGGCAAAAUUGUCAAGAAAGGAGAGACUGAAAGGGCUGACUCAAGAGGGGGAGAGCAAGUGGGAGUAGGGAGUGAGAUGUAUGUAAACUUAUAUGUGACAGACUGAUUGGAUUUGUAAAUGUUCACUUGAAGCUUAAUAAAAGUUAUUAAAAAAAAAUUCAUGUGAAAAUAAGUAAAAGAGAUGUUUUUAAAUAAUUGUGUCACAGAGCUAUUUGGUUGUCUCUUUCACAGGGAAAUGGGGGAAAACCAGACUUCAGUCACAGAGUUCAUCCUACUAGGAUUUCGUCUUGGCCCAAUGAUGCAGCUGCUCCAAUUUGGGAUCUUCUCCAUGUUCUACGCCUUCACCCUUCUGGGGAACGGGGCCAUCCUAGGGCUCAUCUCACUGAACCUCAGACUGCACACCCCCAUGUACUUCUUCCUCUCCCACCUGGCCAUCGUCGACAUAGCCUAUGCCUGCAACACGGUGCCCCAGAUGCUGGUGAACCUCCUGAGUCCCACCAUGCCCAUCUCCUUCGCUGGCUGCCUUACACAGACCUUCCUCUUUAAGGCUUUCGCUCACACAGAGUGUCUUCUCUUGGUGGUGAUGUCCUAUGAUCGCUAUGUGGCCAUCUGCCACCCCCUCCGGUACUCUGCCAUCAUGAGCUGGAGGCUCUGCAUCACCCUGGCUGUCACUUCCUGGGCAUAUGGCUCCCUCCUGGCCCUGGUCCAUGUGGUCCUCCUUCUGCGACUGCCCUUUUGUGGACCUCAUGAGAUCAACCAAUUAUUCUGUGAAAUCCUAUCUGUCCUGAGGCUGGCCUGUGGGGACACCAGGCUCAGCCUCAUGGUCAUCUUUGCAGACUGUGUGUUUGUCUUAGUGGGGGCUCUCUGCCUGGUGCUGGUCUUCUACACCUGUAUCCUCUUUGCCAUCCUAAGGAUUCAAUCUAGGGAGGGACGAAAAAAGGCCUUCUUCACCUUCUCCUCACACCUCUGUGUGGUUGGGCUCUUCUUCGGCAGUGCUAUUGUCACAUAUAUGGCUCCCAAAUCCAGCCACCCUGAGGAGAAGCAGAAGGUCCUUUUCCUGUUCUACAGCAUUUUCAACCCAAUGCUGAACCCCCUGCUCUAUAGCCUGAGGAACACAGAGGUGAAGUGUGCCUUGCAGAGAGCCCUGUGCAAGGAGAGUCAUUCUCAAUGA